CAAAUAAUAAGCAUUUCUUUUUAUUAUUCAUCAUAAACAGCAUUUUAUUAUUAUAAUCUUUUUCCUUUUUUUCGCUGAAAAAGGAAUAAAAACAAGAUCGUUUAAUGCCGGCGGAACGUUUCGCCCAGAGUCAAUUUUCUACACGGACAGUUUUGUUGAACCGAACCAAAACCGAGGGCCUGGCAAAAUGGAAGUGAAAAACGCCAACGCUGCUAUGCUCAGUAACUAUGAAGUGUUUAAACUCCUGACAGACCUGAAGGAACAAAGGAAGGACAGCGGGAGGAACAAGCACAGCACUGGGCAGCAGAACUUAAACACCAUCAUGUAUGAGACGCUGAAGUACCUGUCGAAGAUGCCCUGCAGCAGACAGAGUCCAGAGAUCGUCAAAGAGUUCCUCACCACCAUGAUGCCCCACAAACUCACAAAGGCUGAGAAACUGCAGUUACUUAACCACCGACCACAGACAGCAGUGGAAAUUCAGCUGAUGGUAGAAGAGAGUGAAGAGCGUUUAUCGGAGGAGCAGAUUGAGGAGUUGAUCCAGACGGUGGCAGGCGUCCUACCCGGUGACCCUGAACAGGAAAACGCAGCUCCACCAGAAGCAGAGAUGGAUGAAGGCGGUGAACAGCCAUGACACAGUGACAGGCCAGAAAUGACCCACAGGUGAAGAACUGGAGAGGCGUUAUUGUUGCUUUAACCCGUGCCGUUUUGCAUCACUGCUUGAACUGAGCAACUUGCUGACAGAAAGGAUGCACAGUGGCUGUCUGGCCAUGACUAAAGGGACCUCAUUACCUCUGAAACACCUCAUGAAGUGAUUCACAUUAAGGUGAAUCACUUAAUGAAUGGAAGCAAAUAAGCACAUUGUGGUUUACAUUUAUGUGUGUGCUUACAGCUGGAUUCAGAUCAGACAUGCACACACUUUCGUAAGCACGGGUUUUUGGACAGUGAGUCACACUUGUUUUGCACCUGACUCAUCUAAUUUGUGUUUCACAUCAGAUAAUGUUCAUGCAGAGACAGUCUGCUAUUAACCCGUUAUAUUUUUUGGUUUCUGACUGAAGGUUAAUUGCCAGUUUCUACCAUGGAGCAUAGAAAUAAGGGAUUUGUUGCUUUGUGAUUUCCAGAGCUGUAAUAUAUGUCAGUCAUGCAAUUAAACUUGUAUUGGUCAG